UUGUUCACACAUGCACUGAGCUUCAUGCUGCACACACACCCACCCACCAGCUCCUCUGGCUCUGUGCACUGUGCAUGCCAAAAAAGAAGCAUUUUAACCUGGAGAGGGCAGAGAGGUUUUGAACUGGGUGUAAGUGUGUGUGUGAAGAAACAUAGCAGCAGCCGUGAUCCUGUGCUUGAAAUAAAGAAAGACAAGUGGGGAUUUUUUCUUUCAUUGGGUUGCCACUUGAUACACGGAGUAACUUUUUCUCAUUCAAGGACCUGCUGCCUCUUCUCCUGCCACUGACGACUCACUCGACAGGAUGUCAUGGCGUCCUCAGUAUCGCAGCUCCAAGUUCCGCCAUGUGUUUGGUAAAACUGCCAACAAGGAGAGCUGCUACGAUGGCGUGCCGAUCACGCGCAGCGUCCAGGACAACAACUUCUGCUCUGUUAACCCUCGUUUCCUCGCCGUCAUCACCGAGUGUGCUGGGGGAGGGGCCUUUUUGGUCCUCUCUCUUCAUCAUACGGGUAAAGUAGAUCCUACCCACCCUCGAGUAUCGGGCCACAGCGGCAACAUCUUAGACAUCAAAUGGAAUCCCUUCAAUGACUACUGCAUCGCCUCCUGCUCCGAGGACACCACGGUGAAAGUGUGGGAAAUCCCUCCUCAUGGUGUUCUGAAAAACAUUACAGUGCCGUGGAAGGAGCUGCAGGGUCACAGCCGCAGAGUGGGCCUCAUUGAAUGGCACCCUACUGCUAACAACAUCCUCUUCAGCACAGCCUAUGACUACCAGGUGAUGAUCUGGAACCUCGACUCUCCAGAGCAGGUGAUCAAAAACCCUGUGCGGACCAUCAGCCACCAUACGGACGUGGUCCUCUCCAUGUCUUUCAAUACAGAUGGCAGCCUCCUCGCCACCACCUGCAAGGACAAGAAAGUCCGGUUGAUGGAGCCACGCUCAGGAAACCUGUUGCAGGAAGCCAACUGCAAGACCCACAAAGCCAGUAAAGUGUUGAUCCUGGGAAACAUGAAGAUGCUUCUCACAUCUGGCACCUCACGUUGGAACCAUCGACAGAUAGCUCUGUGGGAUCAGGAUGAUCUAUCUGUGCCUUUGUUGGAGGAGAAUCUGGACGGUUCUUCAGGGGUCCUCUUCCCUUUCUAUGACCCUGAUACACACAUGCUCUACCUUGCUGGGAAGGGUGAUGGAAACAUCAGGUACUAUGAGAUCAGCUCAGAAAAACCCUACAUCCACUAUUUAACAGAGUAUCGCUCACUCUUACCUCAGAAAGGAAUGGGUGUGAUGCCAAAGAGAGGUCUGGAUGUGAGUUCAUGUGAGGUUUUCAGAUUCUACAAACUAGUGACAAUCAAGAGCUUGAUCGAACCUCUUUCUAUGAUUGUACCCCGCAGGUCGGAGUCAUACCAAGAAGACAUCUAUCCAAUGACGGCAGGUAACAUGCCAGCUUUAAGUGCAGAGGAGUGGCUCAGCGGCAACAACAAAGGUCCAAUGCUGAUGUCCCUAAAGCCGGGAAGUCAAGUAGCCGACUCUCAUUCAGACAUGAAGGGUCUGGGUAACUUUGCAGACACUCGCAGGUCUCAAAGCAGGCCAGGCAUGUUACAGCUCGCUUACAUUCAGGACCAACUGGAAGCCAAAGUAUCCAAAGAUGCCAAAGAGGAGAGUGGGCAUGCAGGGGAUGAAAGGACUCGGACAUCUGUGAGCAACGGGGAGGAUCUUGCACUUUGUUCACCUCCCAGGACAGAGAAUGAGCUACGUAUGAAGUUCCACAAGCAGCAGGAGGAGAUCCGACGGCUGAGGGAGCUCCUAAGCCAGAGGGAUGUUCGCAUCAAACAACUAGAGCUGGAGAUAAAAAACGUCAAGAACUCCCAGUCACAGAGCUCCCUUUAAGACUAAAUCACAGAACACAUGCAAUACUGCACAAACCCCGUUUCCAAAGCCACCUCAUUCUUUGUAAGGUCCCGGCUCACCUGUUUUCCUCUUCGGAGCCCUGCAUGCUUGCUGCUCAGGGGUGAUUGUGUGUUUUCAGUCUUUCAACUCUACUCACGGUGCACAUAUUCUUUGUUCAUGUACAUACACUUUUAAAUCAGCACCUUUUUACCUUUUCCUGUUUCUUUUUUACGCUUUACAGCUAUGCAAGUUUAUUGUAAUUUUUUUCUUUGUUAUUCUCUUUGUAGCUGACAGAUAAAGGAUGUUUGCUGCUGCCUUGACUGAAUGAUUUGGCCGUUUGUGUUUUUUGAGAGUCAUUGCAGGGUGAAAGUUAGACAUCCUGUGUGAUUGUGGGAUAUUUCUGAGAUUAUUUUCUAUUUGUUUUUUUGUUUUUUUUUUGCUCUGCAAUGAUUGAACUACUGUAAACUGAGAUGGCUGUGGUGCAUAUUUCAUGCAUGCUUGUAUGUGUGCUUGAAUGUAAGUGAGCCAAAUGAAUGAUAAAAGUCCUGAUCCCA